GCGUACCGCGGCCGGCGACUUGCUCGAAACCUCUUGGGCGACCGAUCGAGUCGUCACUAAACUCCUCCUGUGCACCAAGACCAGCUCCAAAGCCGUCGCCUUACAACUGGUAGAUCUCGCCUGUCAACUCCUCCAACACGCCGCAGACUCCCCAGACCCCGACUUCCUAGCCAUCACAGCUCGAGACCUAGCCAACAUUUACCCCAAUACUUGGAAAUCACUGACCCCUCUCCUCAAAGGAAACCCACAGAUCCACCAACGUCUUCUUAAUUAUACCCCACAACCAGACAAGUACGAUACCGCCCCCCCUCUUCCUCCCCCCCUCUUCCUCCCCCUCCUCCUCUGUGUCCUUACUUCUGCUAUCUCCGCCCGGCCUCUGUAUCCACAUC